AUGCAGUUGAGGGGAUCCCGCAUGAAGAGCAACGCGAACGCAUCGCUCGUCAUUCGCGACCUGCAGGAAGCAGACUCUGGGACGUACGAGUGCGUAGUUAUAGAUGGAGCACGCAGGGGCACUUCGCAGGUCUCGCACCUAAAGGUUUAUCAGGCUCCGCGAGUGACUACUUCGGCAACGCGUGUCGCAGUCCUACGCGGUGCGAGUGCCACACUUCGUUGUGACGUCACCGGUAUCCCAACUCCGGUUGUGGAAUGGAGAAAACGCGGCGAGGACACGUUGCCGCCAAGCAGUGUUGCUGAUGGCCAGUUGGGCACCCUGUUGUUUCCUCGAGUCGAAGAAAACCACGGAGGAGAAUACAUGUGCGUGGCUUCCAAUGUUGCCGGCACGGAUCAAGGAUUCAUUCACCUGGAAGUAAGAGUGCCUCCAUCAAUUGUGAACGAAACCCAGGUGGACACGGUAAAGGUCGUCAAAGGGAGUACCAUCGCUUUGACGUGCCCUUCCACAGGAAUGCCCAACCCGAAAGUCACCUGGCUUAAGGACGGCAGCGUACUCUCCGGUACCGAACUACGUUAUAUCGAAGUCUACCCCGAGGGCCUCCAUAUCACCUACGUCAACACGGAGGCGGCUGGAAGAUACACUUGCGUCGCGACCAAUGUCGCGGGAACGGCGCAGAAGGAGUUCCUCCUGGAUGUGCUUGGUAAAGUAGAUGCAUCACGUCCUUAA